CAGCGGGGGGUGGGGGGACGGGUGCAGCGUUGGGGCCUGGACGCCGCUGCGGCCCCUGGGUGUGAGUGGAGGUCGGCGCAGUGGGAGACUUGGAGCUGGACGUCCGGCAGUGCCACUUUCCAGCUGCGCAUAAAUCCUUAUAAACCUCAUCUGAUCAUUUCUUCUGGAGAUGGUCACAUAAAGGAAAGUGAAGACACUAAAAGUAACUUUGAAGAAUUAUUGGGGAAAGAGUAUGAUUAUUCUAAAGGAAGUGAAGAUAACUAUGAGAGAUACCAGUAUUCCCAUAAAGAUGAUGAUCACAGUAAGGACCAUCGAAAAGAGAAGCUUUAUCAACAAUUUUACCAACAAAUACAGAAUGAAUAUGAUAAAGAAAGACCUUCAGAUUGCACUAUUGUUUCCAUCAAUAAAGACCAAAGGGACUAUGCAGUAAGCAUAGGUCAUCGUUUGCAGGACCAUGGUCUUGUGGUUGAAAUGAUUUAUCUGACAUCAGAGGCAAGUCUCACCUGUGCACUCCAGGAAGUGAAAAAUGAUGGUUCUCCUUUUUGUAUUCUUGUCGAACAGUCCAAUGUAGCACUCUCCUCUUGCACUGUAAUUUCACUUCACAAGUCUAUCACAAUUCAUCGCCAUAUGCCCCUGGAGGAUGCAUUAGCUCUAGUAGCUAAGGAAUUUAGGACUAUUUUGGCUGAGCGGGAACAGCAAGAAGGUGCUGGGAUUUCACAAAAAGCAGCUGACCUGGUAGAUGACUACUUAGAACGGGAUCUCUGUGAAAGCUACUCUGUGCCUCUGGGCAUCAAACAUCUUCUCUUCCUGUUAAGUGAGGGAAAACAUUUAUAUCAGGAGGAGUUGAACACCAUCAGUAAUUACUUGAAGACCAGAAAAGAAGAAUUGGAAGGUUUUGUUGAGACACCAGAUACGUCAACUGCAGUUGUGAAUGCUUUGAUUGAAGCUAAUUUGAUGCCAAGAUCUCAUACUAUGGGCAAACCACCUCCUCUUCUUCCAACCCCUGGUAGGAACUCCUUCCAGGGCCAGCCUCUCCUUCCUCCAGUUAAGCCUCCUUUAUUAGGUGAUAGGCCUGGAGGACUCCUUCCAACACCAGGACAUUCUGGGCCCAAGGGUAAACCUCCUCCCCUUCUAGCAGUACCCUCUAAAAGACCUGGUCUCCUGGGAUAUGCACCACACCAGCCUGCGAAGCGUCCAAUGAUGUGGGAGAAACCAGCCCUUUUGCCAACACCAGUAGCAGUUCAAACAGUGCAACCUCAACGAGCAGCUAAACCCAAACCUUUCUGAACUAAGGAAACCUCAACAGGGCCGGGAGGAAAAUGGCAAGGCAUUCCAAGCAGAUGGUGUCCUCUCUUCUUCAUCACUAAUGUCUGUGUACCAGGCAAGAAACUUUAUUGUAGCAUACUUUCUGUUAUAAUCUACAUUCCUACGGGGAAUUUUUUUAAUUUGCGGAGAUUAUCACAAGCUAGAUGUUUGUGAAAAGUCAGUGUUGUAGAUAUUUUGGACCUUUAAGUUGUUCUAUUACAUAUAUUACACAAUAAAUUCCUUGUUUUACACAA